AUGAGCAGCAUCAAUCAACGCAUUCUUUUUUGGCUCGACGACCUCCCUCCUCAUCCACCUCCCUCCCUGCAACCCAUCACCAAGAAGCGCUCCCUCUCCGACGUCAAUUUCCCGCCUUCGCCUCCGCUCUCUGGCGACAUGGAGGAACAGCCUGCUACUCCCGCUCCCAAGAAGCGCAAGCUUGGGCUUUCCAAAAUGUUGCUUGCGCGCGCUGAGGAGGAGGCGAGCGGUGAUGAGUCCGGCGAUGAGACACCGAGACAGCAAGGGUCGCGAUCUGUGACGGAUACUUCUUCGCAACGUGGCUCUUCGCGCCAGGGUACCAGUAUAUCCAAGCAGUCAUCGCUGACGAAGCACUUGUCCGCUCUGUCGGCCCAGCCAUAUGGCCUAGUCCAGAAGUCGCUCAACGUGUCGGACUCAAACGUCCCUGAGUCUUUGAAGGAACUGUACCAGGACAUGAAGAAUAUUUCUGAUGGGAACAGGGCGAUCCCAAAGUAUCUCGAGGAAGAGAUCUCAUCGCUUCCCCCUGCUCAUGGGUCCUUCACGCCUGGCAUGUACGACAAGGAUGAGAAGCAACACCCCCCCGCUUCCCACCGAAAAAUUCCCCUUAGCGAUGUCAUGCUUCUUGUGACAGAGGCUAUCCGCUGUAGCGACAGCUCGUUCGAUGAGCAUGCAUGGAACGGGCUCGUUCACCUCCCCCUCCUCAACGCCGUCUUCCACGGAUCAAACUCUCGCCUCCCACAACUCGAUGGAUUUGCGCCUUGCACCAGCGCUAGCACCAUCCCCCAGUACAAGAUCAAGUCCGCCUCGGGCAAGAAGGUUAAUUACGUCUGCUACAUCAAUCCGGAGAACGAUCCAGCGCAGCCAAACUUCACGGCCACCAUCAAUACUAUCCGCGCGAGUCUCGAGGACGCUUCCAUCAACCACACCGACUACAUCCCCGACUGUCCCAUCUCAUUCAGCAUCGAGACGAAACGCGGUGAUGAGAGUGGCAAGAAGGCCGCACUCCAGAUGGGCGGUCAUGAAUGGAAGUUCGUGGCUUCCAUGUUUGUCGAUCGCAAGACGAUUCUUUGGACGACUAGUCGUGGCUUUGGCUCGACAGAGGAGCUGCCCUCAACCUUCCGUGUCAUCGCUGGUGUCCAGCGCUUGAGAGUCUGGGCGCUCGAGGUUUUCUGGCCAUGGUACAAGCAUAUGAGCACUCUUAUGCUCGACCUACCUUCAAAGAAUGAGACAUUCCAUCCUAUUCCUGUAGUUGGUGCUCUGUUAUGA